GUGAUAUCAAUCCGCCUCUGACCCUAGAGUCUGACGCUCUUCAAUUCUCUAGGGUUUCCAACGCCUCUCCGUAUCACCGUCCAGUCAUUGAUAUUUUACGUCGCUAGUUUGCGAUCAACUAACCUCCGACACCGGCACGACCAUCUAAGUGGUUGCUCGGAACCCCACGAACGGCAUUAUAACGAGGAAAUUAGGAACUGGCGGUCUAGCGAAAGCAUCGCACUUGAGAGUGCUCACGAAGUCGUUCUAGUCAUACAGCUCCAAAGUUAGUCUGAUCAUUAGACAUUCUCAAGGCAUGACGUCCGGUUAGUGUCAGAUACAUUUUCUCCGAAGAAUCGCCGGUUGCCAAGAUGAUGGACAGUAAGUUGGUCAGAAGGUUUUCCUUCAGUCCGAGUAAGAAGGGGCCGUCGACUCCCAAUAGCACCUCCAAGCGCAAAGUCGGCUUAGCGGGUUCCAAAUUGCCUCUGCCGGGAUUCGCGUCUCCCGUAGCGCCUGAAGAUGAGGCCACGUCAUCAGGCACCUCUCACGAGUCAGCCAGCCGCCACACAACCGGCACUCCGAACCUCUUGUCCGCGUUUAGGCCGUCUAGGCAGCCGACCAGCCAUGCACCUGCACCCACCCCGCCUCUCGGUAGUCAGUCAGGCCUAAAGCCAAUAAUGGUCCGCGCGUCGAGCCCUGGCCCCAGCAGCAAUGGCGCGCGCGGGGGCGCCAUGCCAGCGCCACGUGUCCACGCGCAGCCCCCCCCGCGGCAGGUGUCGUUCGCGCCGUCGACGCGGUCGCACCCGAUGCUGGUGCCGGAGAUGGCGCUGGUGCCCAACCCUCUCGAGAACGAGAACGUCCUCGUCACCGUCCGCUUCCGCCCGCUCAGCUUGAGGGAGAUUCAGCGCGGCGAGGACGUCGGGUGGUACGCGGACGGCGACAAAAUCGUGCGCAUGGAGUCCAACCCCGCCAUCGCCUAUGCCUACGACAAGGUGUUCGGGCCUGCCACGACGACCCGAGGGGUGUAUGACGUGGCAGCACAGCCCGUCGUAUCUGCUGCGAUGGAAGGAAUCAACGGCACGGUGUUCGCGUACGGCGUCACGAGCAGCGGGAAAACGCACAGCAUGCAUGGCGACCAGAAGUCUCCCGGUGUCAUUCCGCUGGCCGUGAAAGAAGUGUUCAGCAUCAUUCAGGAUACGCCUGGGCGCGAGUUUCUCCUGCGAGUGUCGUAUCUGGAGAUCUACAACGAGGUGAUCAACGACCUCCUCAACCCCGCGGGGCAGAACCUGCGCAUCCGAGAGGACGGGCAGCACGGCACGUUCGUGGAGAACGUGAAGGAGGAGGUGGUGCUCUCAGCCGCGCACGCCCUCUCUCUCAUCGCUGCUGGAGAGGAGCAUCGGCACGUGGGAGCCACGCACUUCAAUACUGCCAGCAGUCGCAGCCACACCAUCUUCACCCUCACCGUUGAGAGCAGCGGGCGGGACCUGGACGGGUACGAGGAGGUCACCUACUCGCAGCUGAACCUGAUCGACCUGGCGGGGUCGGAGAACAGCCGGGCCACCACGGGCAACAACGUGCGGCGCAGAGAGGGCACGUUCAUCAACAAGAGCCUGCUCACGCUCGGCACGGUGAUAUCGAAGCUAAGCGAGCGCAAGCAGUCGCACGUGCCGUACCGAGACUCGAAGCUAACUCGCCUGCUGCAGACGUCGCUGAGUGGCAACGCGCGCAUCUCGCUCAUCUGCACCGUCACGCCCGCCUCGGGCACGCUGGAGGAGACUCACAACACGCUCAAGUUCGCCUCGCGCGCCAAGCACGUGGAGAUCCGCGCCAACGCCAACAAGAUUCUGGACGAGAAGUCGCUGAUCAAGAAGUACCAGAAGGAGAUCCUGGCGCUCAAGGACGAGCUCACGCGCCUCAAGCAGGGCAUCACCCACGCCCACCCCGACCUGCCAUGGGGCGCCGCGCCUGCCAGCGGCGGCGGGGGGGCCGACAUGGGCGGGCAGGACCUGGCAGUGCUGAGGGAGAAGUUGGAGGCGGACCAGAUGCUGCUGCAGUCGCGGCUGGAGGAGGAGGAGGAGGCGAAGGCGGCGCUGCUGACGCGCAUCCAGCGCCUCACCAAGCUCAUCCUCGUCUCCUCCAAAGCCUCCUCCGCCUCCAAGCCGCCCCCCGCCCAACACGCCCCUCCCACCGGCCGCCUCAGGCGCCGCCUGUCCUUUGGCGAGGAAGAUCUGGCGUACCUGAAGCAGCGGCGCAUGGACCUGGGCUUCGACCUCUUCGACGACGCCAUGGGCGGCGGGGGCGCGGGGGGAGGCGCGGGGGACGACCUGCAGCGCCUGGGGGGCACGCUGGGCGCAGCGGGGUCGCGGUCAAUGAGCAUGCACAGCGGCGGCAGCGGCAGUGCUAGCGGCGCUGCUUCGCCCAGAGGGACAGGAACGGGCGCAGGGGGGGGAGGGGAUGACGAUGGGGGGCCCAUGAUCCUCAAAUGGCUGCGAUCCAAGAAGGACGGGGGGGGCAGCAAGGACAGCGAGGGCGACAGUGGGCUGCACUCGUCCCUGUCUGGCAGUGAGAACGUCGACCCGCUCUUCGCUGCUCCUGGCACGGACGGCCCCAUGGAAGGCAGAACGGGCAGCGACGGCGGGCAGUGGCUGACGCGGGUGAGCAGCGGCUCGGGCAGCAGUGAGGAGCAGGCGGGGGGCGGGCCCAAGAUGAUGCGGGCAGUGCGGCGCACGGCGUCGCUGCUCAGCGUGGACGAGGCGGGCGCGGGAAUGGGCAUGGGCAUGGGGGGAGGGGGGCGGUGUGUGGAGACAGUGCGGGCGUCGACACAGGCAGGGGAGCUGUUUCACAUCACAGGCGUGCGCAUCCCCUCGAGCGGCACCACGCUCAUGGACCAGUGCGAGCUGCUGAGGGAGCAGGUGAAGAUCCUGUCAGCGGAGGUGGGGUUCCACACGUCCAACCUGAGGCGCCUCAUUGACAAGGGCGAGAACACGCCGCAGGAGCAGCAGGAGAUCGAGCGGCUGCGGGUGGAGCUGGCGGGCAAGCAGCAGCAGCUGCGCGAGAUGGAGGAGCUCAUGCGCCACAGGCAGGCCGACCACCACCCCCCCGCUGCCAGCAGCGUGGGGCCCAAUGAUGGGGCGGGCAUGGGCGCAGAGGCAGGCAUGGGCACGCAGGAGCAGAUGGCCAAGACCAUAGCGAAGCUGAAGGCAGUGCUGAGCGAGAAGACGUUUGACAUGGAGAUCGUGAGUGCGGACAACCGCAUUCUGCAGGACUCCCUCAAGGCCAAGACGCGGCAGGUGCAGCAGCUGAUGGAGGAGGCCAACAUGCUGCGCGUCGAGCUCACACGCGCCAUCACCUCGCGCAACGGGGCUGCCAGGGGGCAGGGGGACGAGGCGGGCGAGGGGGGGGAUGGGGGUAGCACGGAGCCAGGGUCAGGUGGGAGCGGCGGUGGGGGGGUGGGAGAGGGCAGCAGCGAGGGCCAGGUGCUGGUGGCGGUGGGCGAGUUGGAGGAUUUGAGAUCGCAGGUGAAGAUGGCGCGCGAGGAGGCGGCCAUGCUGCGGCAGCAGCAGCAGCAGCUCACCAAGGACCUUGCAGGGGCGCGCUCCUUGGCGGUCAUGACCACCUCCUCCACGCCCAACGCCCCCUCCUCCGCUGCUGCUGCUGGGACCAACGGUGCUGAUGGUGCGGCAGCUGCGACGUCGCUGUCGUCGUAUUUGGACGGAGCCUACAUGAACGGGCCGGAUGGGCGGGGUGACGUGAGUGAGCUGCUGCGGCAGGUGGAGGCGGCGAGGGCCAGGGAGGCACAGUGGGCGGAGCACAUGCAGCAGCACCACCUCGUGGAGGCUGAGCUUGCAGCCGCCCGUGCUGAGCUCGCAGCGUUCCGAACCGCUGCUGCUGCAGAGGCAGGAGGAACGGAGGGUGGGGAGGGUGGCGAGAGUGAAGAGGGCGGAGGGGAGGGUGUGAGGAAGCAGGAGGCGAGAGCGGUGGGGGCGGUGGCGGCGCGGCUGGAGGCGGAGAAGGACGCGCUGCUGGCGGUGCGGGAGCGCGAGGUGGGCGAGCUGCAGGCGAGCCUGGCGGCGGCGCAGCAGCGCGAGGCGGCGCUGGAGAGGGACCUGGGCACCAUGUGGGUGCUCGUGGCGGAGCUCAGGGACAUGGGCGGCGGCAGCAGGGCGUCGUCCGUCAAGGACAGCCAGGCCAGCGGCAAGGAGGGUGGUGGGGGCAUGGGAGGGGCGGGGAGCUUCUUGGAUGCGGAGGAGAUGGCGGAGCUGGCGGGCAGCAUUGGGGGCAGCGGCAGGUGGCUGGGGGAGCUGCGGAAGGGGGAGAGCGUGCGCAGCGAGGGGGGGAGCGAGGGGAGUAGUGAGGGCGGGCUCAGUUUGUCGGAGAGGGCAAUGGAGCUGAUCCGAGGGGGGUCGGGGGGCGGAGUGGGGGUGCGGGGGGGGGAGAUGGCGCAGGGGCAGGUGGAGACGCGGGUGCAGGUGGCGGUGGAGCGGGAGACGGCAGGGCUCAAGGACGAACUCGCCAGAAGGAAGGGCGAGAACCUGGCAGGGCUGACGCUGAGGGAGCUGAUGGCCCUGGAGGCGGACAUGGAGACGGCCCUCACCAAACUAGAGGUCGCUAAGAUGAGAGUGCGGGCGGGGGGCAGCACAGCAGGCAGCACCGGCACGACAGAGAUAGACCCGGUAGAAGACUGUCUCCACCAUCAUCAUCUUCUCGAUGAUGAUGCCGAUGAUGAUGCCCUGGGGCUGCCCCCUGGGGGGGAUUAUUUUUGCAAGAACUGUUUCGACGCUCCCAUCUCCACGCAGACUCUGCCGUGCCACCACUCGUGUUACUGCGAGGACUGCGCCCGAGAUGCUGACAUGUGCGCCAUGUGUCUAGCACCCGCCUCUGGCUUCCAGCCCAGCCGGUGACAGCAGACACAGCUGGCAUAUCCUGACACCUGACCUGAGACAUGCCCUUGCAUGCACUGCUUGCAGCAACCGCAGGGUCAAGCAGAGCACCAUACAUGCCCGGGCAUGCAGGGGAAUGUACAUGGCUCACUAAUGUCUGACAUGGCUGGAUUGGACGGGUGCAGCAGCUAGUGUGUCCCGCUGGAUCACCAAGCUGGCGCUGGAGGUUAGGCGAACUGGCUUCUUGUGU